AUGAUACAUCCCACCCGUGUGAGCUGUUUAAGGAUAUUGGAUGCUGCAUUUGAAGAGUCUACCAAGGAGCUGGAUGUGCCCACUGAGGUGAUGCUCAUCAUAGAUGAAUACCUACACAGCAGCUCAGAUGGACAAGCCAAAUGAGAAGCCUUCCAGGAAUUGAUAAGCAAUGUUGUCAUGAAUGCUGUGGGUAUCUACUUCUCAGCCAGCCAUCUCUCCACAGAUUCUGGGGCCUCCAUCUUUUUCUAUGAGUUCCAGCAUCGACCCAGUUUUUUUGCGAAGAUCAAGCCGGCCUGGGUGCGGGCUGACCAUGGGACUGAGAAGACCUUCAUCUUCGGGGGUCCUUUCCUCAUGGAUGAGAGCUCCAUGCUAACCUUUCCAGAAGCCACAGAGGAAGAGCAGCAGCUGAGCCUCACCGUGAUGACCCAGUGGACCCACUUCUCCUGGACAGGGGAUCCCAAUGGCAAGGGGCUGCUUCCUUGGCCCCCAUUCAACUGUUCAGAGCAAUACCUGGAAAUCCACCUGGUGCCACGGGUCAGCCAGAAGCUAAGGAAGGCCCGACAGCAGUUCUGGGCAGAGACACUUCCCACCAAGAUCUGGCAGUGGCAGCAGAAGCAGAAGGGCAGGAAGGCCCAGGAGGAGCUCUGA